AUGUCUGUUCAGUUAAGAGAGCCUCUAUGUUCACUUGGUCGACGACACAUUAGCAAAAAACCCUGGCCUUUAUAUCUAGAGCGACGAUCCACUGCCACCACCAUCACUCAGGGCAGCAACCCUUCCACUCACUCUAUACCACCAUUGACUCGCACAUGGCUUGCUCAUGCUCGAGCUUAUACUACAUCAGCGGCUACAACGGCAAUUCGCCCUUCAAUAGCUGUUACAGAGCAGGUCCCUGUCAAAACCACACAUGUCACAUCCACAACCACACCACGCUUAGACGCCUCAAAGUUCUGGCAGCAAUACCAACAGAGCACAAAAAAGACAAUGACCAGCAAAGAGCUGGAGCAUCUCAUCUCUACAUUACUGCAGCAAGCCCAGAAGUCGUCGAGGAAAUCUGCUUUUUGGAACCGUAUCAUCCAAGUCUAUGAAACAGCACAACAAGCACAACUACAUUCGACGCCGAAUAUCUACUUGACCGCAAUGACAGCAUAUGGACGUACGGGAAACUCACAACAAGUCAGAGCCAUCUUCAAGGAAUACAAGGCACGAUUUCGGUUGAAGGGCAAUGCACACCAGCGCUAUUUUGCAGCCAUCGUAGACAGUGGUGAUUUAUUGGCAGCAUUGAAUGUGUACAGAGACAUCAAGAGUAACCCAAAUUUGAGUGUGGUAGAAGCUUCGAUUUGCUUGAGGGAUUUUGUUAAAGCAUCAUGUUCAUCCACCAAGAAGAGUAAUGUGUAUAUGGGAAUCAAGGCAGUGGAAGAGAUGAAGCAGUCCAUGGCUGAUUGGGAUCCAUCCUCCCGACAGCAAAUCACUGAAUCAUUAUGGCAAGGAUAUCACAAACUAGCAGCGUUGAAGCCACCGCCGAUGACACCUCAAUCGGCCGAGAAACUGCUUGUUAUAACCAGUACCAACACUAAAAUUAUACCUAGUCAACUAUUUACCCUCUUUCAACUCCUGUGCCAUCAGUCAAACGGAUUUGCACCUACAGCGAAAACUUGCAAUUGCAUGUUGGAAAGUCAGCUGUUAGACAAGAACUACAGCAAUGUGAAAAGCGUUCUAGCUUGGAUGCAGAAAUUAGACAUAGAGCCUACAUCCAGCACAGUGGCCAUUCUACUGAGGACAUUUGGAUCUCGAUUGCCAGCGCAUCAAGCAGAGCAAAUCUACAGUAAAUCACGCCACCAAAAGGACCUGGACGCUGAGUUCUUCAAAAACUACAUUCAUGUGUUUGCAAAGGACGGUAAGCUGGUCAAGUCAGUGCUGCAAGAUGUGCGGCAGCACGGUUUUGAGAUGGAUCCGACAUGGCAUGCAGCAAUCACGCAGAGUUUUGUGCAGCGAGGGCAGUUGGAUCAAGGCGUCAAGUGGUUACAGCAUAUCAACAGUAGCGAUUUGGACUGUUAUGCCACCAUCAUGGAGGCUUACUUGCAGCGAGGUCAAUGGGACAAGUGCAUUUCUCAGUAUGAAUCUCUUUUACACCAGCAACAGCCUGCAGAUACGCAUCGUCGACUUGUGAAAUGUGCUGUAGCAGCUGGAUUCGCCGACAAACGAAGCAGCAUGCUGGAUGAUAUCAAAAUCAAAUUUACGCCAAACACGGUUAUGCGCAUUGUAAAUACUUUACUUUGUUUGGAAAGUAAGCACGGACAACCUCUUGUGUCAGGUGGCCUUGUAGUGAAAUCACUCAAGAUGAUGGAAUCCAAGCUGCAUGUGUAUCUGGAUGCAGAGGGCAUGCGUCGUGUCAUCCUUGGACUAGGGAAUCGAGGCGAUUGCCAGCAUGGAUUUGCCGUGUAUAAAUACGCCCGAGAAGGUGGGCAUGAACAUGUGCGAAAACGAUGUGCUAGCUCUCAUAUCUACUUGGCAAUGAUGGCCAGUGCAACCAAAAACAACGACAUUCGAAUUCUAGAAAGAGCCUGGGUGGAUAUGCAGUACAGAAAACGCUUUCUUGGAGAUACAUCCAGGAGCAAGGAACCGCACAACUUGGCUAGAUACAACAUACUUUUAAACGGAUACGCAUCUCAGCUGCCAAAGCCGAAUCUGACUGGAGUAAAGCGCGUAUUUCAAAGACUACUCAACCAAAAGCUUUCGCCUGAUACAGUGACAUACAAUAUUUUGAUCAAGGCGUUUGUCAGUGCCAACAACAUGGACGCAGCCAGUCAAAUCCUCAAGCACAUGGAUAAACCUGACACUCAGGCCACUAACACGCUGCUGAAUGGAUGGAUCAUACAACAAAAUUGGGAUCAAGUAGAGACAUUUGUCAAGCAACAGCCUGUAGAUAUGGUGACAUUUAAUCUUUUGAUACAAAACUUUUUGAAACUAGACUCCAAAUCCAUGUCCUACAUGCACAUCCUCAAAAACAAGCAGCAAUGGCACGAACUGGACAAGCUAAGAUCUCACAAGAGCAAAUCAUCGCCCAUGUUGAGUCAAACGAUCUGGAACAUUUUUGAAUCAGCAACUGGAUACACACGACAUGGUAUCACACAGCGAAAGCAGAUCAGCAUCAGACAUGCCACCAACACCUCGCUGUGCCAUCAAUUGGAGCGACUGCAGCCAGCAGCACCAUCUAAAGGCGACAGUGCAUUCAUUAAACUGUUCUCUAAAGCAACGCCAGAAGCAGUAGCGGCUCCAGAUCAAGUAACUUAUAAACUAUUUAUGAAGGCGUUUGUGAAUAUAGGCGAUUAUGAAUCUGCGUUUGAUGUAUAUCAAUGGAUGAAAUAUAGCCUUCAAUUGUAA